AUGUGGGCUGUGGGUGUGAUCGCGUACAUUCUGAUGUCUGGUAUUAUGCCUUUCGACGAUGAUUGUCGUUCUCGGCUCUACACACAUAUCAUCACUGCCAAUUAUGUCUAUUAUCCUCAGUUCUGGUCCGGAUCAGAAUCAGCCAAGCAGUUUGUCGACUGUCUUCUCGAGACGAAUGCAGCGGAACGUUUGAGUGCCGUAGAUGCUGCCCGUCAUGAAUGGAUAACAGGAGAGCGUGUUGUGCCGGUGAUGAGCACUAGAACUUCACGACCCACUUCUGAAUACAAUACCAUGCAGAGAACGAAAUCGACUCGGUCGAUCCGUUCCGUGACACGGUCAGACCACGGCCAUCGAGUGGAUCCGCGGGAGGUUGAUCAACUCGCCAAUGACCUGAAACGGGCCGCUCAAAGCACGAAAAACUAUGGAGUUUUCUAG